AUGUCAGAGUUGCGCAAAUUUCGAGAGGAGUACAUAACACUUGAGGAGAAGCAAAGAGAUAUGGAGUCGUACCCAGUCGCAAUACCUGAUGUGAAAGGUGGAAAUGCAAGUUUACUCCAAAGACUGAAAAAUGCUCUUGCGAGUACGUCGCAGGGAAAUCAAGGAAGGAACAUUGCAGAAAUGAAACAAAAGUUAAUAGCCAUGGGUAGUGCAGAUCAAGCGGAAUUUGACAAAGAGUAUAGAGACAGAAAAUUUCAAAAUCAUGGAGGUAGUAAUAAGAUUCAGAGAAUGGAUAAUCCACCAGAAAGUUCAGGAGGUCAACAACCAUGUUAUAAUAAAAGACAAGGAACUGGAAGGAUAGUAUGGGAACAGAUAAACCUGCCAAAGCUGAACACUUUGGUAGAUAAAGUAUGGGAAGUUGUCAUUCUAAUGGAAGAAAUCCCAGAACCACAUAAUGUAGGAGAUGAACCACCACUAGGGAGGAGGAGCAGAGAAUUUUGUGUAUAUCAUCGCUUUCAUGCACAUCAACCAAAGAAUUUACCACCACCACCGGGAGGAAAUGUAUAUGCAAAGGAGAAAGGAAAGAAUACAUUUGUAAUUGAAGUAGGCGCGAAAGCGAAGAACGUAUAUUGUAAUUCAAUUAUACAUUCAUUCAGAAGCAUAGAAGACUUUCAUGACACUAUCUUAAGUAGGGUGUAUGCGAGAGAUGCUGACGGAAGAGAAAUUCUCAAUCUUGUGAAAGUCUCACCACUGAAGGAUUGGCAAAAACAGACUAUCUCAUUUAGUGCGGAACAAACACCAGGAGGGGGAGAAUCGCAUGAAUGUCCAUUAGUAGUGAGAUUAGGAAUUAAUCCGAAAGCAAAGGUAGAAGAUGAUGAGGAAGAUGAAGCAAAUACUUUGGGAAUAAAUAGAAUACUUAUAGAUCCCGGAAGCUCUAUCAACAUUCUCUUUUAUCCUACAUACAAAACCAUGGGUGGAAGGGACGAAGAAUUGAUUCCUUCAACGUAUAAAAUUUAUGGCUUCAAUGGCGCUGCGAACAAGCCAAAAGGCGAGGUGACAAUGAGGAUUCUUCUUCAGAAUAUGCCAACAGAAAUUGUAUUCUGUGUUGUGGAUGUCGAAUCACCCUAUAACGCUCUGAUUGGAAGACCAUGGAUGCACAGUAUCUUGGGUGUGGCUUCGACAUUUCACCAGUGCAUAAAAUUUCCUUUACCUCAGGGUAUUGGUAUUAUAAGAGGAGAUACAAUUGAAAGUAGAAAUUGUCAAGAAAUUGACAUUGAUAAGUGCGAAUAA